UUAAACAGGCUGAACUCACGGACGCUAACGGGAGGUGCAUCGUCGUCGUAAUUUUAAACAGAUACGAGUUUAUGUUUCAUGUAUGUGCAGACUUAAAACCCUUCGUGUAGUUUAUAGAGACCGAUUAAUAACAAGGCGAGGUGGUAGUUAUCGUGUUUAUCGUGUGUUUUGAGGAAACUGCUCACUCGAGGAUAUGGACUCUGCUGCAAGAACCAAAGCAAGCAAAGAUUUGAAGAAUCAGCGAGCGGAAAAUGAAAAGGUUUAUGCCGGUGGAGCUCAAAGAGUUCCCGUGACUCAGAGCAACCAGAAGCUCGUGUCCGCUCCUCACGCGCGUGCUCUGGGUGCAACAUGGGGCCCUCAGCGGGUUCAGCGUCCCGGCAGUCAACAGAAACCUGCUGGACCCUCGGUUCCUGUGAAAACUCAAUGCCGUGGAAAUCAAAAUGUUAACCCUGAACAGAUGAGAACAGCGACACAACACAAACCUGUACAGAACCAAACAACACCAAACAACCAUAGCGGUGUUCCAGUGACUGAUGCCAACAAUCCCAGCGAACCACAGCAAACCCCUGCCAGUGGAUCAUCAAGUAGUGCAAGGAAAGCCUGGACUUUAGAGAACUUUGACAUUGGACGAGCUCUUGGGAAAGGUAAAUUUGGGAGCGUGUAUCUGGCCAGAGAACGUCAGACCAAGUUUAUUCUGGCCCUGAAGGUUUUGUUUAAGAAGCAGCUGGAGAAAGCCGGUGUUGAACAUCAGCUGAGGAGAGAAGUGGAGAUUCAGUCUCAUCUCCGACAUCCCAACAUCCUCCGUCUCUAUGGUUACUUUCACGACACGGCUCGUGUCUAUCUCAUCCUGGAGUUUGCUCCUAAAGGAGAGUUAUACGGUGAGCUCCAGCGCUGCGGGACCUUUGAUGACCAGCGCAGUGCCACGUAUAUAAUGGAGCUGGCCGACGCGCUGAGCUACUGUCAUUCAAAGAAAGUCAUUCACAGAGAUAUUAAACCUGAAAACUUGCUGUUGGGAUCCAAUGGAGAGCUGAAGAUUGCAGAUUUUGGUUGGUCUGUCCACACGCCCUCCUCAAGGAGAUCGACGCUCUGUGGGACGCUGGAUUAUCUUCCUCCAGAGAUGAUUGAAGGUAAAACUCACGAUGAGAAGGUCGAUCUGUGGAGUCUCGGGGUUCUUUGCUAUGAAUUUCUGGUUGGUCAUCCACCUUUUGAAACUAAGAGUCAUGAAGAGACGUACCGCAAGAUAUCCAGGGUUGAAUUCUCCUAUCCAGCUCAUGUCAGCGAGGGCAGCAGAGAUCUGAUCAACAGCUUACUAAAACACAACCCAAUGCACAGACUUCCCAUUCAAGAGGUUCUGAUUCAUCCAUGGGUUGUGGAGAACUCUGUCAAAAAACCAACGACCCGCUCGACAAACAAAUGAGUGAAAAACACUGCGGUUUAACUCCUCCAUCAUGAGAAACUAUUUGAACAAAAAGGACUGUUGGCAACAUUUCUCUUUCUCUCUCCUGUUCUCCUCUUUGUGUUCAUGUGCUGCAAUUUUCGUGUCAUUUCUUAAUAUUUAAUUGUUUAAGACACUCAGUGUAAAGUUUUAAAAAUUACUUGAAACAAUAAAUUUUAUUUUCUCUUUGAAGUCUUUUAGUGUAUUUUGUGAACUUUUACUGUGUUGCUGUGAAAUUUAAAUUACUUUAGAUAAUACUUAAAUUAUUCUUUGCUAUUUUCUCAAAGUAUUUCAUGUUUAGUAGUUUGUUGAAUGUUUUUCAAGGUCUUUUAUUUAUUACUGUUUGUUGUCUCCUGUCCUUCCGCUUCAAUAUAAUAAUUUAGUUUACCUAUUAUAAACAAACCUCCACCAAAACAAAUUGUACAUUAAGAUCACUGUGACUUUCACUUUGUGUUGAUCAUUGUCUGAUCUCAACACAAGGUGGCGCAGUUGUCUGUCACGUGUGCUUUUAAGAUUGAGAAAAUGGCUUCUCCUUUGAACUCAAACUCCCAGAAUUCAGCACAGUGAUGUUCUCGAGUCUCCUGUGGAUUUAAUAUGGAAAUCUUAGUCGAUGAAUGUUUUGAUUUAUUCCCUGGUGAAAUUUAGUUCAUACACUAGUCUAAAAGCUUUUGUUAAAACACAUUUUGUGUGUAGUUAAGGAAAAUGCAUUGAAUGUGUUGUCUCUAACUAGACACAUCGGUGUUAUUGGAACAACACAUCUUGUGUUGCCUUUUAUUUGAACACAAAAUAUCGCUGCGUUAAAUAGGAAAACAAUGCGUAAAAAAUAAAUGCAUCCUUCAAAUUUAAAUUAUUACUUUCUGUUAAAAAGCAUUUCUGUUCAUGUUAAAUGUUCAACUAUUUUUUUUUUAUAUUUCUCAUUAAUUUAUUCGUAUAUGCACACUAUAAUUAUAUUUUUCAUUUUAAAUGCAGAUGUUAGUUCACAGGUUUAACCUGCGGGAGACAAACAUCUGGCCACGCGCUGUUGCGCCAUCUGACAUUAAAAUCAUCUGUAGCCUACAUCGUGUCCUUUAGUUACUUAAAAUAAUAUUAAUGGUCAGGAGUGAGAUGUAAUUCGUUAGUCAGUGAUUAAUGUCUAUUUUUUUAUUAUGCUUAACAUUGAAGCAGUUGAACUUUACCUUUUUGUUCCAACUACAUAUUUGCGCAAUAUUUGCAUUUAUAUAAGUUAAAAUGAUCCCUUUUAUUUGCAGCUUGACAAAUACAAUAAUUCAGAAAAUUGA